AUGCCAGACACCCAGCCAGUACCAGGCAGCCUUGCGCUGAUCCUGGUGGGCUUGGAUCGCUGGCGCUUUAUCACACACAGCACCGACGACGGUGCCAUCAGCCACACGGCAGAGAGCGGCGAGGGCACGGUGGUGCACUGCGGCGUGCUGUCGGCCGAGCAGAUGGCAGGCUUCCGGGCGGCCCUGAGCGGCGCCCUGGCCAAGGCGGCGCAGCGCAAGGGCGACGAACGCUCUGCGGCUGGGGGCGGGCAGGGCCACCAGAAGACGCCGGCGAUGGUGCGCGCCCUGGUGCUGCAAGCGCUGGACCAGCUGGAGGCAGAUGAAGAGGACGAGGUGCCGGCGCGGCAGCCGCAGGGCGGUUUCACCGACGUCGGGCUGCACACAGGCGGCGCGCCGCGAGACACCGCAUGGCCGCUGGUCCGCGAGGCCAUCAGGGCAACACUGGGCCACGUCAGCACCUGCCGCAGCCCCUCCCCCGACCUCUUCCAGCUGGCAGAGGCCCACCUGCAUCUGUGGCUGCUGCAGCGUCAGGUGCCGCUGGUGGUGAAUGGCUCAGCCACCUCGACGGCGCUGAAUGCUGCCAUGCAGAUGACGGCGGCUGUGGCCAGCGUGGGCGGCGAGCUGGCUGUGCAGGCGCACGACGUGGCACACGUUGAGGCAGCCUGCAGAGCGGCCCGGCUGGCGCUGGAGGGCGCCAGAGCAGCGCGGGUGCAGGCGGCCGCCAGCGAUGCGCAGCUGCCAGCCCUGGCUGGGCCAGACUCGCCCUGCGGCCCCGGCAGCUACCGCCUCCCGCGCGGCGUUUUGCCGCCGCUCGCCGGCCCUCAGGCUGAGGGAGGCGGCCUCGAGGAGGCCAUUGAGCGGGAGGGCCGCAACCUGGGCUCGCUGCUGCUGCCGCCAGAGCGCCCGCCAGGCCAGCUGCCGUUUGCCGACCUGCUGGCAGCACUGUCCGCCGCCCGGCAGCACCAGGGCAGCGUGGUGGCACAGCACGCGCUGUGCAUGGUGGAAAGAGAGAUGUUCCAGCGCGCCGUGCAAGGCUUUGGCGCGAAGGCGCGCCUGCCAGAAACAGAGGUGGAUUCCCUGGUGGAAGUGGUGAAUGCCUACCUGCUGGCGCUGCACACGUUCCAAGGCGGGGGGGCCAGCGAGCCCCGCAUGCAGGCAGACCUGCGGAGCCGCGGCGUGCUGGUGGUGUGGGUGGCGCUGUGCAUGGUGCACGCCGCCGCGGCCCACGCCCACCCGCUGCUGCAGCAGUACGGGGUGGGCGUCAACUGGGCCGACCUGCGCCACCUGGCGCUCAGCGACAGGACAGCUCUUGCAGCAAUGCCUUACGUGGAUCUCCUGGAUGAGAGCGACGAGCUGCUACGCCACAUCUACCAGCUCAUCUACGCAGUUGGCGCCCACACUGAGCUGCCUUCCCAGCAGGCCCGCGCCCGCGCCUGCCAGGCGCUGCUGCAUGUCCUGUCUCGGGAGGCGCACGGCAGCGGGCCCAUCGGCAACCUGCUGGCUCGGCAGGGCGUGGCCGUGCCCAGUGGGCCAGGCGGCAAGCCGGGAGCCUACCGCGGCGUGCGCCUGCUGCCGGGCGAAGCACUGGAGAGGGCCGCCCCGGAGCUGCGCCAGCUGCUGGCGGAGGCGGUGCUGGCCCAGCCGCCGCAUGCGAUGCGCUGGAUGGCAGGCCACCCCCAGCAGGAGCUGCUGCUGUGCUGCAUCACCGACACAGCGCUGGACGCCAGCGCCGCCUUGGACGCCUUGCCGGGGGGCCUGAGCGAGGGAGAGCGCGCCGACGUGCUGGCGCUGCGCGGCCUGCUGGCCUGCGGGGUGCUGCAGCACUGCCUGCAGAUGAGGCACCUGGUGGACUAUGGCGUCAAUGAUAACGUCGGCGCCCGCAAGCGCCUGGCGGUACCGUACCGCGCCGCCCACCUGCCCUCCGAGCGCUCUGAGUACGCCCAGCCCGACUCCGCCCUCACCCUCACCACCCUGGCCUACUACCAGCGCGGCCUGUCCCGCAAGGAGCUACUGGACGCCCUGCUCAAGCUGCUAGGCCUGGGCCAGAAUGCGCAGCAGGCGCACUUUGCAGAGUGGCUGGCGCUGGCGGCCCCGGACGUCGCCGCAGGCAGGGCCAGCCAAGCGCAGUGGGCCAGGGAGCCGAUGCCGCUGGCCUCCUGUCAGGAGCUGGCGACCGUGGACCAGGCCAGCAAGCUGGACACCACCAACGCCUCGCAGGUGGACCUGCUGCACAGGCUGUUCAGCCACAACAUGGCGGCAGUCGACUUCUGGCUCAAUGUCUGCGUGUUCCCGGAAGAGACGCGCCAGUUCCCUCACCGCCUGGUGGCCACCUCUUGGAACCUGGCAGACAACCCCCACCACUGCCACGCCAUCCCCCGCGCAUUCCAUCCCGCUGUCGCUGCUGCCCCACCCGCCACGGCCGCCGCAGGCACCAACGACAACCACCGCCUGCUGCCGCUGCAAGUGCGGCAGCACCUGGACGUGGAGCCCCGCCUGAGGGCCACCAACGGCAAGAUGCUGGCGGUGCUGCUGGCCAACCCGCGGUACCACACAAUUGCAACGCAGCAGGGCCAGGCGGUGUGGGAGGCGCUGCUGCAGCUUGCGGUGCGGGAGGGGAUGGAUGCUCUCGUGGACUGUGGCGCGCUCCUGGCCGGCACCAGCAACAGGGCUGCCGCCGACUACCUGCUGCAGCUGCUGGACCGCCGCCGCUUCUCCGGGGUGUGCUACUUCGAUGAGGCGGAGCGGGAGUGGGUGGUGGCCGACCCCCAGGGCCGCCGCCAGCCCCGGGCCAGCUCCCCCAUCCGCGAGGCCCAGUGCCUGACGCUGUUUGACGAGGCGAGGUGCCGGGGCGCAGACCUGCAGCUGCGCCACGGCGCCGUGGGCCUGCUCACCCUGGGCCCAGCUACCACCAAGGACAAGCUCAUGCAGUCGGCUGGCCGGCUGCGCAAGCUGGGCAAGGGCCAGACGCUGCAGACGGUCGGCACUGCCGACGUCACAGCCAAGAUAGCGCGGGUGGCUGGGAUGGCGGACGAUGCCGCCAUCACCUCCCUCCACGUGCUGCAAUGGGCUAUGGCCAACACGGUGGCGGCAACCCAGCGCGGCGUGCUGGA